GCCCGGCACCAGCCCGCCCUGCCCGCCCUGCCCGGCAGCCUGACACCUCACAAGAUUUUCCAGCUGGGAGUCUGAGGCCGAUCAAACUGUGAGCUCUUCCAAAACUGCCACUGUGGCAUCACCAAGAAGAGGUUUCUUAAGGGUUUUUGUCGUUUAAGGAAUGAACAUAUUCUGAACAAAGGAUGAGUCAACAAGGAUAUGUAGCAACUCCGCCUUACUCUCAGGCUCAGCCUGGAAUGGGAGGCUAUCCAGCCGGCUUUGGGUCAGCAGCUUCCCAGUCUCACUAUACCCACUACAGUGGAACAGGUCAACCUUAUUCUAUACCUCAAGGAGGACCUUUAAAACCAAUGCCUUCACCUCAAGGACCCCCAGUUUCCGCUGGUCUUCCACCACUUGGUCCCAAUCCAUUCGGUCAGCCCAGUGUACAGAAUGGAAUUUAUAGUGCUGGACAUCAGGCUCCAAGAUUUGCUGCUCCUCAGUCAAGUAGUGGUGAGCUACCUGUUCUUCACCCUCAUGGUAUUCACCACCCAGCGUCUGUGCAACAGAAUACGGCACUGCCUCCAUUCACACAGCAAGUGACCAACCAACUUGGUGCCAUGCAAAUAGGUGGCUAUGGAUCAUCUCAGGCACCUCCACAAAGUUCCCCAUCACUGUCUGGUCCACCACUCCGGCCUUCAUUCCAAGGCCCUCCACCACAGCAGUUUUCACCUCUAAGUUCAUCUUCUACGUCCCAAGGUUUUCCUGGUUCACCUCCUGCCUCUUCAGCUGCAGUACCUCCUGGAAUGACUGCUUUGCCACCUACAGGAAUGCCGGUUGGACUUGCUGCGCCCAAUCAAGGCAGUGCUAACUACCAACAGGCUCCAGGCCAGCCCCCCAUGCCCAUGCCUGGAUACAUGCCGCAGCAAGGUGGAAUGUACGGAGGCCAACAAAGAGGACCUCAGCCCAAUUACCCCGGUGCUUAUGGUGCACAACUUGCUGGUCCUCAACAGAAGAAACUGGAUCCCGACUCCAUCCCAGCCCAGUAUACCCAGGUCAUAGAAGAAGAUAAAGUUCGAAGAUUGGGACAGAUUUUUACAACGAAUAUCAAGGGUCAACUUCCUCCACUUGUUACGACAGACUGUGUGAUACAGGAUCAAGGAAAUGCAAGUCCUCGUUUUGUACGUUGUACAACCUACUGCUUUCCGAGCACAGCAGAUAUGGCCAAACAAUCCCAGGUUCCUUUAGCAGCUGUCAUCAAACCUUUCGCAACAUUACCAGCAAAUGAGGCCCCAAUCUACAUAGUGAAUCAUGGGGAGACUGGCCCUCUCCGAUGUAACCGGUGUAAAGCUUACGUUUGUCCAUAUAUGCAGUUUAUUGAAGGUGGACGAAGAUAUCAGUGUGGAUUCUGCAACUGUGUAAAUGAAGUCCCUCCAUUCUAUUUUCAACAUCUGGACCACAUAGGCAGAAGAGUGGACUACUAUGAGAGACCAGAGCUGUCUCUUGGAUCCUAUGAAUUCAUAGCGACUUUGGAUUACUGCAAAAAUAACAAGCCUCCUAACCCACCUGCCUUCAUCUUCAUGAUUGAUGUGUCAUACAGCAAUAUCAAGAGUGGAUGUGUCAGCUUAGUAUGUGAGGAGUUAAAAACACUGCUGGAUAAAUUACCCAGGGAAGACCAAGCAGAGACGUCCGCCAUUCGAGUUGCCUUUGUUACCUACAACAAGGUGCUCCAUUUCUACAAUUUGAAGAGCAGCCUCGCACAGCCACAGAUGCUGGUGGUGUCUGACGUGGGAGAGAUGUUCGUCCCUCUUCUGGAUGGCUUCUUUGUCAAUGUUCACGAAUCACGAUCCGUUAUUAACAAUCUGUUGGAGCAGAUCCCCGAGAUGUUUGGAGACACUAAUGAGAGUGAAACCGUCUUUGCUCCAGUUGUACAAGCUGGCCUGGAAGCUAUGAAGGCUGCGGAAUGUUCUGGAAAACUAUUUAUAUUCCACUCCUCCCUUCCAACAGCUGAAGCACCAGGUAAACUCAAAAACAGAGACGACAGGAAGCUGGUGAAUACAGACAAAGAGAAGACCCUUUUUCAACCUCAGUCUAAUUGCUAUGAGACCCUGGCAAAGGACUGUGUGGCCAAUAGCUGUUGCGUUGACCUCUUUCUAUUUCCAAACCAAUAUGUGGAUGUGGCGACCAUGGGCAUCGUGCCAUCGUACACUGGUGGCACGCUGUACAAGUACAAUAAUUUUCAGAUACAGACGGAUGCUGAACAUUUCUUGAAUGACCUGAGAAAGGAUGUACAGAAACCAAUUGGAUUUGAUGCUAUCAUGAGGGUUAGGACAAGCACAGGGUUCAGGGCAACUGAUUUCUUGGGUUCCAUGUACAUGAACAAUACAACAGAUGUGGAGUUGGCAGCCAUUGACUGUGACAAAGCAAUCACGGUAGAGUUCAAACAUGAUGAUAAACUGAAUGAAGAGAAUGGGGCCUUAAUCCAGUGUGCCUUGCUGUACACUAAUGUUGCUGGUCAGAGACGUCUGCGUAUCCACAACCUGGCACUGAACUGCACUUCUCAGCUCACCGACUUGUACAAGAGCUGUGAAACGGAUGCACUAAUCAAUUUCUUUGCCAAAUCAGCAUACAGAGCGAUUCUCAGUCAACCUCUGAAGACUGUGCGGGAGAUACUGGUGAACCAGACUGCUCACAUGUUGGCCUGUUACAGGAAAAAUUGUGCCAGCCCCUCCUCAGUUGGCCAGCUCAUUCUUCCUGAGGCCAUGAAGCUGUUGCCAGUCUACAUGAACUGUCUCCUGAAAAGUUAUGUUCUGCUUGGGAGCCCUGACCUUUCUACAGAUGAACGAGGUUUCCAAAGGCUAUUGGUCACUUCUAUGGAUGUUUCUAGCACACAAUCAUUUUUCUAUCCACAACUGUUACCAAUUCACAACAUGGAUGUGAAGAGUGAAGACUUUCCCUCUGCUGUCCGUUGCUCGGAAGAGCGUUUAUCUGACGGAGGAAUAUUUCUGCUGGAAAAUGGGAUCAAUAUGUUUCUCUGGCUGGGACUGAGUUCACAGCCUGAAUUAAUACAAAGCAUUUUUAAUGUACCCUCCUUCGCACAUAUCAACACAGAUAUUACUUUAUUGCCUGAAGUGAAAAGCCCAUAUUCAAAGAAGCUCAGGUCGAUCAUUGACAGCCUGAGGAGGCAGAGUCCUCGUUCUAUGAAACUGGUGAUAGUAAAGCAAAAAGAUAAACCAGAUAUGAUCUUCAGGCAGUUCCUGGUGGAAGACAAAGGGCUGUAUGGAGGAGCUUCCUACGUCGAUUUUCUCUGUUAUGUCCACAAAGAGAUCCGUCAACUCCUCACCUAAACCCUCCCUCCCACUGCAACUCAAACUGUUGAGUGAUUGCCUUACUGAUCUAUCAUUCAGCAAAAAGGAACUGUGCGAUUUAAGCAAGUUUAAAUUAUGCAUCACCUGAUUCAUUUAAAUACUUCCGUUGACAGGACUCAAGUUUUCUUAUGAGAAAACCUGUUUUUAAACCUACUGGAAACCUAGCAUUUACUAUUUUAUAACAACUCAGUUAUUUUAACCAAAAAUGUCUUUGAUAAUAAAAUGGUCUAUGUUAAAAUAUAUAUAUAAUGCGCAAUGCUAGUGCUCCGUAUCUCCAUCCCUGUAUAUGCAGUCUUACCAAAGCUAAACCUUCUAAGCCACACUUCUUCACUGUGAUGUCAACAUAUUUUGCUGCAAACAAUCAAACUUGUAAAACAGAGAGCAACCUCUCCAGUAAAACUGUAGUUUUAUUUGUUUAGUUCUGUAGCCUAACAUCCAGUUCUAAAUCACUUGUGGAAUGUGGGAGUUCACUAAAUCCUCUGCACCAAAGAAAUACUGUAAUCAGCAGAAGGGAAGUCAUUCCAAGUAUGCAAGUGUGGUGCCAAUUUGAUGGAGGUUACUUAACACUUGUAGCAAUCCCACUGCAGAUGACUGCCAUGAUCUUUGAACAUUUCACGGGAUGAAAAGCAACUAGCUGAGAUUGAAUCAUUAGCAGCUAACGUUAGAUUUAGAUUUGACAAUUAUUGGACCCAGUCAUUUCCAAGAUUGGGUUCUCGACAUUCCUACAAAGUUGAUUGAGAAGUUUAUAAGGGAGACAAAAUUAUUUGGGAAGUAAAGUAUAAAGGGAUGUGGAUAAAAGGUAGGAGAAUGGGACUACAAGUACUGUCAUAAUAAAAUGUCAGAACAGGCUGCAAAAGGCUAAAUGGCCUCCUAUUUCUAUUCUGCUAAAAUAAUUGUUUAAAUACAAAUAUACCCCAAUGUUAGUGCAUUGUAAUAAUUUACUCUUUGCACUAGACCCUAUAGUUUUAUCUGGGAUUUGCCAAGAAGGGUGGUUGAAACCAUGACCAUUUAAAAAAAACAGC